AUGUCAAGCCCAAGCUCUCAGCCGCAGUCCUUUGAGUCCGUUGCACUUGCUGCUGCUUUUGGGCGGCUGAAGCGCCUCACACUGGUGUCGUGCUUCGGGCUGAAGGAGGAGCAGUUGGUGCUGCUGCUGCGUGCUUGCCGCGUGCUGGUGGCCCUAACCAUGGAACGCAGUGGGGACUUUUCAGACUGGGUGGUUGCAAGAAGCAGAUUGGAUAUGCUCACACAUUUGACCAUGCUUGAGUGUGAUGCGAUCACUGCAGACUGCAUUGGACUGCUGCUGGGAAGCUUCCCAAAGCUGCAUGAGUUGAAGGUGGAAGCAAGCAAGCGCCGCAGCGACCUCAUGGAGCUGAGGGCGGAAGUGCUGUCGCUGCUGCGCCUGCAGGAGGGGGAGGGGGAACGGGGGGGGAAAGAACAGGGGGCAGGGGAGCGGGAAAGGGGGGAAUGCGGAGCAGGCAGCGCGGAUGGGGAGCGGGAGGAGCUGGCGUUCGUACGGUUGUACGAGGUGGUAGUUGAAACGGGGACGGCGUUACAUCUCAUCCUGGAGUACUGCCCGGGUGGCGAUCUGUUUGACCUCGUUAUAAGGCAGAAGCGACUUACCGAAGCACAAGCCGCCUCGGUAUUCAGGCAGUUGCUACUGGCAGUGCAUGCCAUGCAUCGCACGGGCAUAGUGCACCGCGACCUCAAGCCAGAGAACAUACUCCUUAGUAGCGGCCCCGCAUCCUCUCCCUUCCUCCCGCUUCCCUCACCACCUCCCUCCCCUGCUCUCCCUCCAUCACCUCCCUCCCCUGCUCUCCCUCCAUCACCUCCCUCCCCUGCUCUCCCUCCAUCACCUCCCUCCCCUGCUCUCCCUCCAUCAUCUCCUUUCCACCUCUCACGAAACUCCCACCCACCAUCCCCCUCUCUCGCCUCCCAUCCCUCCUCCGCCUGUCUCUCUCUUCCACCCUCUUCCCCCACCGCUUCCCUUUCUCCUCUUGCACCUCCUGCUCCUCCUUGUCCUCCUCUCUGCUCGUCCCCUCCUCCCUCUCCGGUCACCACUGCAGCCAGCCCCCCUCCCUGUCCCUGCACGGCCAUGAGAGUCAACGUGGCUGAUUUCGGGCUGGCAGCAACGCCCUCUUCUCCCACCACUACUCCUCCUCGUACCAUCACGGCAACCAGCCCCCCUCCCUGUCCCUGCACGGGCAUUCAAGUCAAGGUGGCGGAUUUCGGGCUGGCAGCAACGCUGUCGCGCGGGCAGACAGCAGCGUGUGGGGUGGUGGGCUCGCCCUUGUACAUGGCGCCUGAGAUCAUCCGGGGGAGGCCCUAUGCGGGGGAGGUCGACAUGUGGAGCCUCGGCUGCAUCCUCUACACCAGCCUGUCGGUGUUAGGUUCGGCGCCGGACUUGAAAGGCGAGGUAUGGGAGGGCAUUUCGAGGGAGGCUAAGCAGCUGUUAAGGUGUCUGCUUGUAACGGAUCCUGGGCGAAGGCUCAAGGCUCAUGAGGUGCUGAAUCACCCGUGGGUCAGAGCAGCGUGUGGAGGCGAGUGUGGGCGCCACGAGAGGGAGUGGGGGAAGGAAAAGACGAGGGAGAAUGGAGAGGGAGUGGUGCGGGAGGGGGGUAGUAAGACUGACUGCAGGGGUGGAACGGGUGAACGCAGGAGUGGGAAGGGUCUCACAGCAGAGGGGAAGGUGAGUGGUGGAGUGGUGCAUGUGGAAAAGGCGUGGUUGGAAACGCAUCCAAAGGACGGCGCGAAUGGGCAGCAUGUGGUGGGGUGUGCGGAGUGCUGCGCUGGGUGCCAUGCAAGCAAACCCCACACUUGCUGUCAGAGCCGCAGUGCCGAUGCUGCUGGCAGGCUAGCUGUGCAGGAGAAGGUGGGUGAGAGUGCAAGCAGGAGUGAGAGUUCACCAGAGGUGGAGCAGGUGCACGGGCUGACCACGGGGUGUAGCAGUGGGAGAAGUGUCAGCGCUACGGCGCGUCACGUUUCCUUGCCUUUCAACCCAGAGCCACCGGAACAGAGCACACGCCAUAGUGAGGCAGCCGUGAGAGGGGAGGUUGAAGGACAGGAAGCGUGCUGGGAAGCAACAGUGCAGGAUUUCAUGAGAGAGGUGCAUGUGGUUAAGGCAUGUGUGAAAAGCCACGGAGUGGAAGGCGAGGUUGGGCAGCAUGAGGUGGGGCGUGAGGUGGGUUGUCCUGAUUGCCACCCAAGCAGUCCCAACAGUCUCUGCAAAAGCAGCCAUGGUGAUGCGUGCUGUCAGAGCAGCAGUGCCGGUGCUGCUGGCAGGCUAGCUACUCAGGAGAUGGUGCGUGGCAGGCUAGCUACUCAGGAGAUGGUGCGUGGCAGGCUAGCUACUCAGGAGAUGGUGCGUGGGAGUGAAUGCAGGCGCGAGGAAACAGGAGAAGAGGGGAAAAUGGCUGGGCUGACCAGGGGGAGUGGGAGUGGGAGCAGGAGGAGAAGCAUUGGCACUGAGGCGAGUCACACUCACACCUCCUCGCCUUGCAACCCAAAACUACAGGAAGAGAGCAGAUGUGGGACUCACCGUAGAGGUGGAGAGGAGGUGGAGGGUAAGGAGGCGUGUUUGAAAGCAUCAGUGCAUGAAUGUGCUGCGCAGCGGUGCAGUGAGGCUGCAGAGGUAGACAUCUGCUCUCCAGGUGGUGCUUGGGGUGCUGGCUGCUGUGGGAUGGUGCUGGCUGUGGCAGCAGUGACGCUGGUGGUGGUGGCUUUUAUUACAGCUGCAGUUGUAAUGACAGUGGUGACAACUGCAGCAAUGACAGCAAUUCAAAGAGUAGAUGCAUUGGCAGUAGCAACAGCAGCAGUCACUGCCUAUGUACCAAGAGUGCAAGCAGUGAUAUGGGUGAUGGAAGAAGCCCCAUUUGCAGCAAGGGCGGAGGAGACAGUGGCUGCAGUCACAGUCGCCUUGCUUGGAGGAUGA